UUUUUUCACAAGAAGGCGAAGGGCAACAGGAUAGUUCUUGUCGUUGUCCAUUGCUUGGAGUAAAUGUGAUGUAUCAGUAUAAUCAACGGAUGCCUCUAAUAUCUACAAAAAGCCUAUCAAUUAAAUCUAACUCUUUAAAAGUUGAGGCUUGCUUGCUUGUCAUAAUUUUACAGAUAUCCCUGUUUUCAAGAAUUUUCUGGUAUAGGACAACUAUGCAUCUUACUAAUUCCAGAACCACAGUUUCCAUUUUUUUACACUUGCAACAAAUAGUAAUGGUCGACUGACUUUGUUAUUCGAGAAAAUAGGACAAAAAGAAAAACAGCUGGUGCAAAUGCAGCAGUAGAUCGUCUUCGUCAUUCAUUGUCGUUGUAGCAAAAUGACGUUGUGUCCUUAUUUUUGGUUUUUGGCCUUAGGAGCACUAUGGCAGAACAUGGGGAUGGGGGGCGCGGUCGGCCUCGUUGCGGCGGGCGUGUACGGUGCAUACUAUACUUAUGGCUAAGUUAGUAAGGGUCAUAAUUAAUGGAAGUUACUAAGGGUCAUGAUUAAUGAGAUUCGCAGACGCAGAUGAACACCUUCCACUCAUGUUUCAAGACGAGCACUAAGCUCAAAAAAUCCAUGUUGAAUGUCGUGAGGAAUAUAUACUCCAACGAACAAAUAAUUACAGCACAUCUCUUCAGCUAAUCUUCCCGAGGUUGUCAAUAUGAAAAUGUAAGUAGCAAUGAAAUCAUCAACUUCAACAUCAUCAUGAUCUACUCUAAUGCUCGAGGUAUUGUCAUAAUGUGCCGUCGGUUGCGGUCACGGCCACCGCCACUUCGAGUGAAACGGCAAAAACGUCCGAAGCAGCAGCCUCGGAGGCAGCGACAUCAUCAACUGCGGAUGAUAUAGCUACAGUUAAGGAUUUGUUGAGAAAUAGAAUAUGAUUUCGCGAAAGCGGGCAUACUCUUGUCAUGAUUUUACAGAUUCCCAUGUUUUUCACGAGGCGGACAAGAAAAAAAACACGCCCGCACGUCUUGGGCUACCGCGCUUCGCUCCUUGAUUGAUUGAUUGAUUGACAUUUAUUGAGGGUGGCAUCUAUUUGCGUGCAAGGCAAUCUAUUAUUUUCAAGAGCACCAGUAGUUCGAGAUCUAUGAUGAAGAUUGAGGGAAGGACUUCUUCUAAUCUACGAGCAGCGACCACGGAUGCGAUAAAAAGUAGAGGACAGUAUUGUCCGCCAGAGGCGUGGACGGGGUCCGCGUGGGGAUUGAAAGAACGCUUUUUCAAUAGUUUGUGGCGGGCAAAGGAGGACAUCAAAGGCCGGAUACGCUCACUUUUCAAGCGGAUUGGCAAUGCGGUAUCACCUGCAGCCUCAACAGCGAGUGCAGUCGCAGGGAAAGGAGCUGGAACGAGUGGGGUUGGAUCUUUAAGGCGAUGGAUCUUAGUUUGCUCGCUCAAUUUCAGUUUCACGACCCCACACGUUGAUUUACAGAUCCAGGCGAAUUCAAAAAAUGUAUCUUCGAUAAUUUUUGGGUAGAACAAAAUGAAAAUACUUAAAUUUACAAAGCAGCUCUAAUCCUUGUUGCACCUGCAUCAUCGGGAACGGAACCAGAUACCGCAGGCGGUACAGCAUCUGCAUCGGAAGUGAAGCCAGGCGGUAUGAAGAGGAAGAAGCCAGUUAUGGAGCUCUAAUCGCACAGUUGAGGAUGCGAAUGGCCAAUAGUCUAUAAUUCAACACAAACGCAGCUAGCGCUAUCGCGUAAUUCGUGCUGCAAGUGCUAGCGUGCCUCUGCUUUGCUCUGUGUGGCGUUUGUUAAUUUACAUUUUCCUUUUUAUUCUUAUCCAUCAUCUUCUUAUCCCUUUUUAUCUUCAGCAACAGCAACAGCUGACAGCAUGUACCUCUUGUACGAGCAUGUAAUGAAGAAUCAGCUACAUGGAAGGUAUCCACAAAUCGAAUUCGUAUAAGAAACUUGAUAGUCUUCACCGCAUCAGUUGUCUUUUAAUUUUGUCGUCAUUGUCGCCUUCGUCUCCAACAUGUGAUGCAUUUGCUGCGUUAUGUACUUCUUUGUGAUUUCCAUGUUGAGUUUCAUAGAAUUUCGACUGCAGCUGUUGCAUCCCCAUCAAAAUGCUGCUUGGUGGGCCGAAGUAUGUGCCACAGGUGCUGUUAUACUCUCCAGAGACGUCCUCGAUCAUGCUAGG